CUCUUUCUGUCUGGACUAGUUUUCUUUAACGGAUCAUGCGAGACAUUGGAGUACAAUAAUCACAGAAUACUUGUUUUAACAACGGAAAACCAACAUUAGAUAUAAUCAUACCUGCUGAUUUGAGAAAUCUUAGCAGCGGAUUGAUUCAACAGAUGUGGUCACUCCAUGUGACGUAUGAAGAUUACGUCGCUGCAACGCAACAUAAAGAAAACCAGAUGGCCAAUUUUUCAUCAGAAGACAUGGAUGAUUAUCUUAUCCCCGGAAUUGGUCUCAGAUUUGAAUUGUUGGAUAAGAACUCUACUGAUUUAACCCGAGACAUGAUGGACGGGUUCAGUCGGUGUCCAACUCUACACCACCCGAGGGAUGCUGAAGGAGGCGUUAGUGGAAAUGGAGAAAAUGAUGGCCGACAAACUGAUUCAUUUAGCAGAUUAAACUUUCAAUGUCAAAAAGAUAAUGAGCCGGAAUUAAUUAACAGCAUAUCAAUCUCCGACACAUGUGAGCAAGGUAAAAAUCAUCAAGCAGGCCUUAAUGACGCCACGGCCUGGUCAAUAGAUAGCGUAACAAUAAAAAGCGGAAAACACAGAACAAACCGAAUGAGCAAAAAGAACAAAGAUCGAAAAACAACCGUUGAAGCCCCUAAUUCAUCUACACUGAACAGUCAAAUUAGCCAAAUCGCCAAUCACAGCAGAUCAUCUCAUUAUGGCCAAGCUCCGCCCUCCCAUCACCCCUACAGUUUCAACAGUAAUAACUUAGCUACUACCGCAAGACGUCGAGGCAACAGUCCAUAUCGACUAAAACCCAUCGCUUAUAGCAAGUUACAGGACAAAGACACUGCUCGAUGUGCCGACUCGUGCAUCAAAAGUCCCACUGUAAACAAACAGAUGGUCAAUGUUAGCGGAGGAAUUUCAACCAACAAACCCGCUCGUGCCGACAGAUGGGAAGGGGAUAUAGAUUCACGUGGUAGUUUGAAGCAGACGACAGUUGUGAACGGUCCUCGUCGCGACUGGAUCGCUCAUCAUAAAUUGAACAGGAUGGAUAAAAAGACAAUGAUGAAACGACAGUGUAUGUAUUUCCCUGUAGAUGAUUAUGUCACUCUGUCACCGCUACCCGCGUCAUUAAUGAACAGUAAUAUGAUUCGCGCCACAAAUCAAGCAGACGACAAGCUAAUGCGUGGUUUGACACAUGAGGAGUUGAAGGAAAAACUACAACGAUUUUCGACUGAUUCAUACGAAAAGCAGCUCUCGCCAGUGACAAUAUCUAGUGGAUAUGAAAGUGAUUACUCCCCACCGUGGCCAUCAGAUAUGGAGAAAGUAUUUUCUAAAACAUUGGAAACUUUAAACAAUAAACAACUCGAUGACAGUCACACUGAUUAUUUUUCUCAAUCUGAAGCCGAUCACAGACCCACAGAAGAACCAGAAAAAUGUGCUUCGAGGCUUGAAAAACCUGCCCCACGGCCUUCUAAUCAGCUGACAGCUAGCGGAGAUGAACCGAUUACUCUAGAGGAGUCAUUUGAUGGAUAUGAUAAUCUUGAACGGUCAAGGUCCGAGAGCACAGGAGUAGAUAAAUUAGUGUUUAUUAAUGAAAAUCAUCGAUAUAGUUUGGAUAUGGCUGAUCGGGAAAGACACGUUAUGGAUACGGAUAAGCAGAGACUAGAAAAAACUAAGAUAUAUUUUUCAAAAUAUCUCUUAAAUAACGAGAAACGUGGGUCGACAGCUAGCUUAGGACUUGGUCAUGAUAGUGUUAAAAAUGUGAACAUUAAGACGAGAUCGAACUUUAGCUUAGAUUUAGAGAGACAUCGUGAUGGGGUCGAGGAAUCACGGGAUUGUGAACAACAGAGUGAUAGACUUUUCGUUGGAAAUAACGGUGUUCGCAGGAGUAAGCGAUACAGGUUAGACAUUAGUCGUGAUAGCUUGUGUAAACCAAAAACAUCGCCUGUAAACAUGACCACGGAUAAUAAAUCUAAUUCAUCAUGGUCUCAGUUGGCACCGUGUGAUUUGUCCGUAAAAUCUCCCUCGGGAGAUGACGGUGAAGUUCCAGAGGUCAGGAAUACGCCGAAAAGAUCUCCGGCUUUAGGACUUGCGUCGAAAAUGAUGAGUCGUGUUCAAUCUACAAACAACUGUAAUAUUCAUAACAAAUGUUCCCUGGAGGAAAUAAAGACAAAUCUUAGUCAUGACUAUAAGAAGUGCGUAGGAGAUUCCCCAAUUGAUAAUAUGAAGCAAGUCAUGCGGAACGUUCAUAAUCCUGGGUGUGUAAAAUCGCCGAGAGGCAGGUAUGACAGUGACUACGAACAUAUUUAUGACGUUAUCCCUGGAGAUGAAAACGUUUUUAGUCCGCAAAGAUAUUAUCAAAUGUUGGCCACUAAUCAGAUCGUAAAUCCGGUCGGUCCGAAAGAUCUUCGACGUCCAAGACAAGUGUACAGGGAAGAUCCACCAGCUCUUCCCGUGAGAAGUUACUUAAAGCCAAAGGGAGAUAAUCCAGAUUCUGUGUCGUCUGCACGUGUUGAGUGUUCGUCUGUUGAUGAAUUGUACGCAAAAGUAAAUAUUAACAACAAACAAGUGAAUAAAACAGACGGACUUUACACACCUCCAAUUAAAACGCGACAAAAACUCUUUGAUUCGUCCAAUAAAGAGAACGUGUUUAUUCCGACGAUGAAAAUUGGUCCAUUUGGUGAUUAUGACUUUCCCGAAACCUAUUGUCGCAUCAGUUCAAUGCAGGAUCCCGAGGUGACAAAAUGGUCGUAUGGAGACAUGUUGAAUUUUAUUGAUGGAAUACAACAACCCGAACCGAAACGUCGUGAAAAUAUUUACUGUUUAUUGAGUAACCGACAGACGAGAGCAAAACUUUCUGAAUCUCUGGAAAUUGAAAAUAAACUGGUGAACAUGGGAUUGUUGAGAAAUAGCUGGUCGAGUGAAAAUAGUCAAAGCAAAAUCGAUAUUGAGGAAGAUGAAAAACCGCCGAAACUUCCCCCGCGAGUUCCUUUAAAUAACUUACAACCGAUAUAUGUGUGACGUAAUGGAACGGUUUUAAAGGAAGUGACAGUUUUGUCUAAACAGUCGUGUCCCAACCCAUAAAAGACAAAAUUCCAAAGUUACGUUGUGCAAAUUUCGUACAAAUACUUUUCGAUGAAAUACACUAACAAUUGCUUAAUUUGGCUAAGCACAUUACGUAAUGCGAAAAUGUCGGAUAAUUCCAUGUCAUCUGACAGAUUGAAUCUUCACAGCUAUCCCUUUAAUCGCGUUUCAAUAGAAAAGUUGAUUGAUUAGAAAUGACACCAUCAUUUUUUAAAAGGGAGCUGGAUAAAGAGACCAUUGUUAUCUUAUAUAACACCAGGGAACGCUGAUAGACGGUAAAAAUUCUCAAUGAACUUUGUUCAAACUUUGAUUGACUUAAAAUGCCAACAAUAUUUGUAUCACUUUGAUAGAAAAAUGUUCUGUGACAUAAUGGCAACGUGCUUGAGAAUGAGUGUGUCGGAUGACGUAGGCCUACUGGUGAGGUCAUCAUUUGAUUGACACUUGACUUUUGUGAUAUUAGAUUUCUUUAUGAAUUAGUUAAUUUGCAUAAUCCCCAAUUUUAUUUAUGUGUUAAGGAAUUUCACACCCGGUGCUAGUGGAUUAUUUAAUUAAUGUUUUUUUGUCUGUGAUAUUAUGUAACCUUUGACCUCUUGUGCUAUAUCGCCUUCCUCUAUAGUCCUAUGUUUUCAAUAGUCUUCUUUUUAUGGUAGUCAUUUAUUCAUUCAAUCUAUUUGUUAGUGAUACUGAUAUUUUUUCGUUUAAUUUGUUAUUUUUUUUUAUAUAAUCAUCAAUUCCGAUACCGCAUUUUUCAGAUCAUGUGUAAUUCUUCACGACUUCAUCCAUUCUCAAUUGUAGAUAAUCUUCCGACUGGGAUUCAAUCGGGUUAAAGAGGGGCCAAUCAAAAGAUUUCGCCGGUUGCUUAUAUAGGUGACCCUGGCUUGCUUACACCGUGUGCCUAAGAUGUCAAAUUUUGCGAAAUUUUCAAUCCAUUUAAAUCUUACUAAAUUAAACCAUUUUUGGACUGACAUUUCUUUUAUAAGAGAUUCAACUUUCAAAAUACUUUCACACACAACCUUUUGACAAGAUGUAGUUCACCUUCACUUUAUUGUUAUUUUAGACCUUCCCGUGUCCAAAAUGUACUCCGAUUCAAUCCAGCGAAUUUUAUUUAUAUAAUUACUUAACAAAUUAUUUCAUGCAUGUUGUUAUCUUUUACUGCUUGACAACCCUCGUCAUCAUGCGCGUGUAAUAUCGUCAUGGUGAUGAUGAUUGACAGGUUGAAACUGAGUUCAAUACUAAUAUAUAUAUACAUGUAAUUAGUUAUAGAAAAUGUUUGUUAUUUCCUCAUCAUUCAUAUUUCAAUAUUUAUUGACCAUUCAUAAUAAUAUAAUAAAUCCUUCAAUAGUUAAAAA